GUAACUCUUCGGUUAACUUGAAGCAAAGCCCGCCAAAAAGUGUUUUUCUGUUUGAAAACAUCUGGUUUGGUCUUGCAAUUGUUUUCUAAAUUUCUCAUUUUUUUAACAGUUUUUAAAUUGAUUUUGUUCAAAGUUAAAAAUAUUCAAUCUGAGUCAUGGAUAAGCCUAAGAUGGCUUGUCGAGCGACUCCCAAACCAACUAAGAGCAAAUAUUGUGCCAAGAUAAGUGAGGGUUUAAAGAUCGCUACCUGGCUCCAAGGUGAUCAAGCUAAGUGUAUAUCAACGGUUAAACAAGCAAUCAAAAUUUUUAAUGAUCAUUACCAAUUGGAGUCUUGUGCAUGUAUAAACAGAGGAUCCAAUUUAUUAGUGUUAGCUGUUUCUUCAUAUCAUCUCUUUUUCCUCUCACUGGAGUCUUUUUCUGAGAAAGUUGCUGAGGAGGAGAAAAAGUUUGAACCAGAGGAUCAAACUGACCAACCAGACUCUAAUCACGAUGAUGACGGUAUUUCUGGAUCUCAUCUACCGAAUAUUGAGGCGUCUAAUUCAUCUCGUUAUGGAAAUGAUUCCCUACCUCAGUUUGUCAACUCAAAUUGUCAACAAACUGUUUUGAAACCUUUAAAACAAUGUGUUCAAUAUCUCCGAGAAGCCUUGAGUGACGCCAAAGCAAUUCCAGCUAAACUUUUGGAAGGACUCAGAUUGAAUACUUUGCUUCUAACGGCUCAUAACAUAUUCAAAUGCUACUCACAACCAGAUUACCAAUAUCAUUGCGCUCGCCUUAUGAUUGAAUUGGCUGGAAAAAUUCUGCCAGAGGAAAAAGAGUCGUUACUGACUGCUUAUCACAUUUUAAUUCGUCUUUAUCUCGAUUUUAAUAUUGUUACAAAGGCCAGAAAGUAUCUUCAGAUGGCCCAGAAAACAAUGGAUCAAAUGAAAUUGAAAAAUUUUGAAAGCUAUCAAGCUGGACUAAUUUAUCUGGAUCAAUGCGAAAUUGAACUUAAGCUGGGAUCUUCUGAAGAAAGUGGAGCUAAACUAAAAAAAUUUCUACAAUCUCAGUAUCUUAACAAACUGACGCUUAACCGUUUUUACUUGAAGGGCUUAGCUCUUUUACUUGCUUCUAAGUUUCCUUCUUCCUAUCAAUUUUCGAGCGAUUUCAAUGAAUUCCUCGAGCCUUUGCAUAUUUCUUUAACUAUUUUGAAAAGAUGGCACCGAAGUUUACUUGCUUUGCCUCCUAAGGAGUCUGAUACUAUUGAGGAUGAUCACGCUUGGUUCAAAUAUGAUAUCUACUCUUUUUCCAUGGAUGCAUUGUACCUGGCCAAAACCUUCUAUUUAAACAUUGGAUUCCCAUUCGAGCUAUCUCCUUUUUUCAACUGUCUCCUCUCUUUGUCUCGUCGUAACUGUUUUCUUCUUUGGUCCAUAAAGUUAUUGAAAAUCGGAGCUUCUAUUGAUCUAAAAUGUGAUAAAAUCAAACCAGUUUUAGCAAAAUUGCAAAAUGGACUUAAAACGUUGACAAUAGUGUCCACUUCAAAGACAAAUACUGAAUCUGGCGAUCUUCAAUCUAAAUCAUCAUCUCCCUCUAAGUUGCACUCUAAACUUGUUAAUACGUUCAAUGAUAUUGACGUCGAGUUACCUGAUAAUAGUGCCCAUUAUUCAGAUUAUUCAAAAACAUCGGAUCACUGUAUUCAUGAUAUUGGACAUAUAAAUGCUUGGGAUGUUGAGAAAAUUUUAAGAAAAAAUCAUUCUAAAGACGAUGAUGACGAUAUCAUAGAUGAACCAACAUUCGCAAAGAUGCUUGAUUCCGUCGGAUCAAGUCUACCAUUUCCUUACAAUGUCCACUUCAUCGAUCUAUUAGUAACCUUUUCUUAUAUCAAAGAAAAAUUUGAUGCAGAAUUAAUCGAUAAAAUGCAACAAGUCAUGAAAUCGUUUGAAAACUCCCAGGAUACGAUGUUUCAAAAAUUGAUCAAAUUUCUGCAUGUCAAAGAUGAUGAGCUGAUUCCUCUAUUGAUUCCAGAUAUUCUACUUUUAAAAUUGAACAUGGUCGACAUGUUAACUGAUUAUUACUCGAAGAAGAAUGAUUUUUCCUCCGUUGUUUCCAUUUGUUCCUCUUUCCUGCCGAAGAUUGUGGUACCUUGCAUCAGUUUCACCAUUAACGAUUACAUAGCCAGACUUCUGUUUAAACUCAUCAAGGCCAAAAACUCCUUCCUCAAUUUAAAACCUUCGUUUCCUGAGUUUGAUUCAAAAGAAAUCCAAGAGAAGAUGGUUAGACCAAUGCUGACCUGUAGAACACCUUCACCUGUUAGAACAAAAACCAUUUCAAAUAAAAUAAAUGCUCCAAAAAGAGAAGCUAACUACAAAAUGGAAGAGCUACGUGAUUAUGCGAAAAGUUUACACACAAUUAAUCCACCUAAAAAACAAAUACCUAAAAGAGUAACCAGAAACUCUGCAAGACAUAGUUCUAUCUCAAGUGACAAAGCUAGUUCUACUGACUCUGAUAUUAUCAUAUUGGCCGAGAACAUCAAACCUCCUUCAUCUGCUCGGAAGGCUCGCACCUCAUCCAAAAACAAAAUCGUCCCAAUCUUGCGUUACAACGGGGCAACUAAAAAUGAACAAUCCGAACCCUUGGCAAUAUCAAACAGUCUCUCAGCUCCAAGUAAAAGUUCUGCCUGUCCAAUCGAUAGUCUAACCGAAGCAAUUGACUGUAUUACAAUAGAUGAUCAAACUGUUGAUGGAGACGUAUUUGUUUCUCAUUCAAAUUUGAUUUCAGAAGUUACCGCUGCAUCAUCAAAGAUUAACACAAAUAUUAACAGUCUAAAAAAUCUAUCAGUUUAUUACUGUAACCAUCCACCAAUCGAUAUAUAUCCUGAUCUUAAUUACCAGCUAUUUCAACUUUAUUCCUCUUCGAAGAGACCGAAUUUAAAUGCAGCAUCAUAUCAUCUACACGAAUCAUCUAACUCUUCUAUGAUUCGAUAUCGAGCUUUAUUUACUAACGAGAAUAAAAAACGGUUGAAGGUACCCAUGGAGUUAUCUUUGGACAACAUUAUCUUUGAUCCUAUCAAAGAUAUCAAUUUCCAAAAUUUUCAUAAAAAAACACAAAUAAUACCAGAAAAUUGGCGAAUUUUGCAAAUUUUUUCUAUUCCAAACAACAAGAGUGACAAAGGUAUUCCUGACCUUCUAUUAAGUAGAUGGCAAAAGAAUAAGAAAACUGUGAUGAUAAAAAUAAAAGGAAACCCAGAUAAAUUUACUAGAAAUUUCAUGGAUGAAUUCUAUGAGAUUAUUCAAUUAUCCAAUGCUUCAAUAAGAAAACAAGAUAGCCAAACAUUUUGGUCUGCUAGAACAGCGCUAGAUCAACGUCUAAAUAUGCUUCUUCAAAGUGUUGCCGAUGCCUGGUUAGGACCAUUCAAAUCUCUCUUUAUGGGAGAUGUUCAAGAUUCAAAAAUGCAGAAACUCCGAGCUGCUAUCAAGAAGAGUGUUUACGAAUUUUUUGAUCCUGACCUUUGUUGUGAUGAAGCUCUUUUGGAAUGCAUAAUCGAAUCUUUCCCAAUUUUAACCGCUCAUCAAUUCGAAACAGCAAUGUGUCUAUUAUUCAAUCAAUUUUCAUUUACGAUUUUAGAAGAAUGUUAUCAUAAUUGCAUGGAAGUUUUUGAAAAAUUCUAUCCUGAUGAUGAGAAAAAAGAUUUACUACAGAACCUUAAUUUUGGACCAAUUGGAUUAAUUGUGAACAAGCAACUCGAAGGAUUCCCUUUUGAAUCACUCCCUAACGUUAUUUCAACCAAGCAACAAAUUUUCCGAAUUCCUUCAUUAAGGUUCCUCACUGCAUUGCUGGAAACUCAUUUAAAAACCGAAAAAUUAUACACCCAAGGAAUUAAUUCAUCCAACGCUUAUUAUUUAUUGAAUCCAACUAAUAAUCUAAUGAAAACAGAGAAUCGUUUUAAAGAUAAAUUUAUCUCUCAAAAAAGUUGGAAAGGAUGUAUAAGUCAACCACCUGAUUGGAAAGAUUUGAAAGACUCGCUAACAAAAAGGGAUUUGUACAUCUUUUUUGGUCAUGGUGCAGGCUCGAGAUACUUUAAAUCGAUCCCUGAUGGAAUUGAUUCAGUAACUUUGAGAACGGCAGCAUUAGUCGUUGGUUGUUGUAGUGGUAAAUUAUUUCUCGAUGGCUCUAUGUUUGACAGCUUUGGUAUGCCUUAUCGCUUCAUGAUAAAUGGUUGUCCGACUUACGUUGGAGUUCUUUGGGAUGUAACUGAUGGUGAUAUUGAUCGAUUUGCUGAUAAGUUACUCACUCUUUGGUUACCUAAUUGGCCAGAAAACGAAAAGAAAGAGACAGAAGAAAAGAAAGCAAAAUUCCGGGCUUUAUCGGAAGCUCUUCUUAAUGCAAGAGCUGCUUGUAGAUUCACUUGCUUAACUGGAGCCGCUCCAGUUAUUUAUGGUCUUCCAAUUGCUCUCAAAAAAUAAAUUUCAUAGAUUUAUAAUAGUUCUGAGCCAACCAUUUCGUUUAACGUUGUAAAUGUACAAAAGUAAUGUUUGUGAAUUAUAUUGAUUAAUAUUAGCUAUUUGUAUUUUCAAAAUAAAAUUUCGCACAAAUUAA